GCCGCCUCGCCCGGGAUGCUGCUGCCGCUGCUGCGGAGUAGCUGCUUCCCUUCCUCCUCCCCCGGCGGCGGCGGCAGCGGCGGCGGCGGCGGCGGGGCGGACGCUGGGGGCCGGCCGGCGGCGCAGCUGCAGCGCGGAGCCCGCGGCCCGCCGGGGCCGCUCGAGCGCGCGCUCGCCCAGCCCGGGGCCGAGCCGCGGCGCUUGGCGGAGGCCGAGGGGGCGCGGGGGCUCGGGGGGCCGCAUGCGUGCAUGGAUCCUGGCGCCGCGCUGCACAGGCGGCCCGCGGGCGGCGGCGGGUUGGGCGCGGGCUCCCCGGCGCUGUCGGGCGGCCAGGCCCGCCGGCGCAAGCAGCCCCCCAGGCCGGCCGACUUCAAGCUGCAGGUCAUCAUCAUCGGCUCCCGCGGCGUGGGCAAAACCAGCCUGAUGGAGCGCUUCACCGACGACACUUUCUGCGAGGCCUGCAAGUCCACAGUGGGUGUUGACUUUAAGAUCAAAACCGUAGAGCUAAGAGGAAAGAAAAUUAGGCUACAAAUCUGGGACACGGCAGGUCAGGAGAGAUUCAACAGCAUUACCUCAGCUUAUUACAGAAGUGCCAAGGGGAUCAUAUUAGUCUACGACAUCACUAAGAAGGAGACAUUCGAUGAUUUGCCAAAAUGGAUGAAGAUGAUCGAUAAGUACGCUUCGGAAGACGCGGAGCUUCUCUUAGUUGGAAAUAAGUUGGACUGUGAAACUGACAGAGAGAUCAGCAGACAGCAGGGUGAAAAGUUUGCACAGCAGAUAGCCGGGAUGCGGUUCUGUGAAGCGAGCGCCAAGGAUAACUUCAACGUAGACGAGAUCUUCCUGAAGCUUGUCGAUGACAUCCUGAAAAAGAUGCCCCUGGACAUGCUCAGGAACGAGCUGUCCAACAGCAUCCUCUCGUUACAACCCGAGCCCGAGAUCCCCCCAGAGCUGCCCCCGCCCAGACCACACGUGCGAUGCUGUUGAUUCGCCGCUUUGGAGGCGAAGUGGGCGCGAUUCCUGGACAGGGGGAAGGUCGCAUUCUGCACUACAAUCAUUUGACAAUUUCCUCUCGCACUUUGUAAUCCACGUCAGAGCUAUACACUAACUUGUAAAUAUGCAGAUAUGCAAUCCUGGGUAAGUUUGGGUUAUAAAUGACAUAUUUCCCUCCAAAUUAUUAUAUUUCAUUCAUCAUCCCAAUACCUAGUGUGUGUACACUGGGGAAUGUCGUACUUCUGAUACGAAGAACAGGAGAAAUGAGAGUUACAAUGUUUCUGGAAAUACAUAAUAUAGUUGUCCUUGUUAACUAUAUUAUGAGGAUGGAGAUACUCUGAUAAGAAGAAAGAACAUGGUGCUUUGCUUACUGUUUUAAAGAAAAUUUGUAAAACUAAAGACUUUGGGGGAAGAAAAGCGACCUUGAAUGCUUUUUCUUUAUUUACAUUUCUCCCAGCUGUAGCAUCUUUGAAGUAUUGGAGUGUUUCCCACAAAGCGAGCUCCAUGCUUGCUUAAAGGUCUUGAAGGUUAUUUAUUCACAUUAAUGGUAGAACAUGACUAGUUAGAAUGUGGGACUUGACUUGGUCCUGAGGCCUGGGAAUCCCUCUGGUUUCCUGAUGAACGCACUCUGUGCUUUUAAAAACUACAAAGAUUCAAUAAAAGAAAUGUUUUUGAAACUAUAGAAGAUUUUAAAAGAACGCUGCUGUCCUACACAAAUCCUGUUUAAAGGAAUUUUAAAGAGAUGCAUUUUACUAUAUCAAAGAACCUACACGUAUUUGCCUAAACAUUCUAUAUACCUUUGUAAUGAUAAAACCUCUCCCCUUGACGGUGAAGCUUAUUCCUAUUAAGCCUAGACUGUGUUCUUUUUUUUUUUCCUGGUCUGAUGAUGAAUUUGUGAACUCUUAUCUUUGGUAUAUCUUUUAUUAAACUGCACUGUUUGUUUAGUCAAGGUAAAUAAGUCAUUAUGUAUUUGAAUAACUUGGCGUGUCUUGAGUGUUGUGAUAUGAGAAGCAUUGUGGUCCUUCUACACUAAUGAAGUGCAAAUAAAAUUUUGUAUUUAUGAAUGACA